AUGGCGUCCUCCAGCGUCCCUUCUUGGCUUGCACUUGCGCUGCUCCUCUUGGUUGCUCUCGCUGCCACCGCCAAUGGCGACGAGCUCUCCCCGGGUUACUACGAGAAGACGUGCCCCAACGUGCAUCGCGUUGUGCGGUCAGUGAUGGCGAGCAGCGUCGCCGCCCAGCCGAGGAUGGUGCCCGCCGUCCUCCGCCUCUUCUUCCACGACUGCUUCAUCAACGAAGCCCGUGUCUUAUCACCCCUUUUUUCAUUUCUCUUUGUGUCUUCUUGGUGGCGGCUGAGACUCGGGAAGAGCCUGCUGCGGGAGAUCGGUGGUGGCGGCAUUUUUCGAACUGCAACCAUCCCACCCCGAGCACAAUUGCAACUCAACACACCCAAGCGCAACUAUAAGCCAUAUAAUGUGACCGCAACCGGGCAUCGGGGCGGAGUUGCAACCGCCCUAAGCAGAGCGCAAUCACAACUUAGCACACCCAAGUGCAACCAGACGUCGGGGUGGAGGUUGCAAGCGCCCAUCCCCAGCACAAUCGCAUCUACCAAGCCCAACCGCAAGACAUAUAUAAGGCGACCGCAACUGCAACUUUUUGGUUUUACCGAUGAAAUACAAGGAACCGUGGGCCCCGCAUGCCCCAGUUGCGACUCGACCAUCGACUUCCAACUGGGGGGUGUUUACUCGGUGCCACUUUGCAACUCGACCAUGAACUCGCAAGUGCACGACUGCCCGGCCACCGUCUCCUGCGACGACGUCAUCGCCCACGCAUCCCGCGACGCCGUCGCCCUGCUCGGAGGACCCACCUGGAGCGUGCCCCUCGGCCGCAAGGACUCGCGCUUCGCCGCCCACCCGGAAUCCACCAAGAACGGCCUCCCCAGCCCGCACGACGACCUCGGCGAGCUCGUCACCAUGUUUUCAAGGCUCAACCUGGACGCCCGUGACAUGACAGCGCUCUCCGGUGCCCACACCGUCGGGAUGGCCAGCUGUGACACCUACAGGGACCGUGUCUACGGCACCGACAGUGAUGAGGAGAUCGACCCAUACUUUGCACAGACCACGCAGCAGACGUGCCAGGGUCUUUCUGGUAAGGCGCCAUUUGACGUGCAGACGCCGAUGAGUCUCUACGGCGGUGGGGGUCUGCAAGACAAUCUCGUGGAGAUGUACAACACCGACGGUGAGGCGUUCGCUAGGGACUUCGCCAAGGCCAUGGUGAAGAUGGGAAACGUGCCUCCGCCGCACGAAAUACCCGUGGAGGUGAGGCUCAAGUGCUCUAUGGCAAAUAACUAUUGA